CUUAGCUGAUGCAUACCUGGGCCGUUUCUCCACAGUCCUCAUCUCAUGCAUCAUCUAUAUCAUGGGUCUGCUUCUCUUAACGAUGUCUAGUACGAUCCCUGCUUUGAAACCCAGUGACAAUAUUGGCAUUUGCCUCAGCCCCAGGAAGGUCCAUGAAGUGAUAUUCUUCCUUGGCAUCUAUUUGAUCUCCAUCGCAACAGGAGGACACAAGCCAUCAUUGGAGAGUUUUGGAGCUGACCAGUUUGAUGGUAAUCAUCCAGCUGAAAGAAGGCAUAAAAUGUCAUUUUUCAAUUGGUGGAACUUUGGUCUCUGCUGUGGACUGUUACUAGCAGUUACUCUUAUUGUUUACGUGCAAGAACACGUCAGCUGGGGUAUGGCAGAUAUCAUUCUUACAGUGGUUAUGGCUUCCACAAUUGUGAUCUUCUGUGUUGGAAAACCUUUUUAUCGCUACCGGCAGCCAAGUGGAAGUCCAUUUACACCAAUGCUUCAAGUUAUCGUUGCAACAAUUUCCAAGAGGAAACUACCAUAUCCUUCAAAUGCUGGUGAUUUAUACGAGGUUUCCACGGCAAUAUCAGAUUGCCUUUCUGAAAUGCCAAGUACUCUAGCUCUGCUAAUAUCCCUUUUCCUGUUUGUGUCUUGGUUGCUUCUUCUGCUAUUAACUUCUUCUUCUUCUCCUCCGUCAUACCAUUUGAAAUAUCUGCAUUUUGAGCAGCAAAAAUACAAUUUGUGCGGAUUCUUUUCGCUAGAGCGAUGUCUUCACUGUGGCCUUGCGAUUGCAAUAGCAAUAUCUGUUUUUAAUAGUGAAAGUUGUUGGUGA